CCUGAUACUCGCUGUACUUUGACACCACUCACAGUCUGAAGACUCGUGUGUUUCUUCUUCUGAACGCUGCUGGCUGCUCGGUAUUGAUCAUGGAGCAGGAAAAUCUGUCCGUGGUGCUGCACUCUCAGGGAGACCUCAGACUGGAAAACCGCCCCGUCCCGGAGCCAGGACCUAAUGAGGUUUUGCUCAAGAUGCACUCUGUUGGAAUCUGUGGAUCAGAUGUGCACUACUGGCAGCACGGUCGCAUCGGGGACUUUGUGCUCACAAAACCUAUGGUGUUGGGACAUGAGGCAGCCGGGCAGGUGGUGAAAGUUGGAUCAGCAGUCAAACAUCUUAAAGCAGGUGACAGAGUGGCGAUUGAGCCAGGUGUGCCCCGCGAGAUGGACGAGUUCUUCAAAAACGGGCGUUACAACCUGUCUCCUACUAUCUUUUUCUGUGCCACACCACCUGAUGAUGGAAACUUGUGCAGAUACUACAAGCACAGUGCCAACUUCUGUUACAAGUUGCCUGAUAAUGUGACAUUUGAAGAAGGAGCUCUGAUUGAGCCUCUGUCUGUGGGGAUUCAUGCCUGUCGCAGGGCUGGGGUAACACUCGGCAGCACUGUGCUAAUUUGUGGUGCAGGGCCUAUUGGGUUGGUCUGUCUGCUUGUGGCCAAGGCAAUGGGGGCCUCAAAGGUCAUCAUCACCGACCUGUCCCCAGAACGUUUGACAAUGGCCAAGGAGUGUGGUGCUGACUUCCAGCUGACAGUGAAGAGAGCUGAAGGACCCCAGCAGCUGGCCAAGAGUGUAGAAGACCUGCUGGGAGCUCAGCCACACAUUACUAUUGAAUGCACGGGUGUUGAGAGCAGCAUCCAAACUGCCAUCUAUGCAACACGCUCAGGAGGUGUGGUGGUGCUGGUGGGUCUUGGCUCUGAGAUGGCUACUGUUCCUCUUAUCAAUGCAGCCGUAAGAGAAGUUGAUAUCAGAGGUGUCUUCCGCUACUGCAAUACCUGGCCGAUGGCCAUAGCCAUGUUGGCAUCAGGGAAAGUGAAUGUGAAGCCCCUUGUGACCCAUCGUUUCCCUCUGGAGCAGGCAGUCCAGGCCUUUGAGACCACACGUCAGGGUCUUGGGAUAAAGGUCAUGUUGAAGUGUGACAAGCAUGACCAGAACCCCUGAUGUGACCCACUGCAGUGAAGCAAAACUGACCAGUUAAAAUUGAAUCAGCGUGACAGGCAGAUAUGGACAUUGACCAUAAGACAGAUAACAAAGGUCGUCCAAAGUGACGCAUUAAUCUGGUGAAUGACAAACAACUGCGGUGUUGCCUACAGGUUAGAGAUGCAAUAAGCGUCUGAUGGUAUGAAUGAAGCAGUAAUUUUUUAUAAUGGUCAACUUUGUUCUUUAAAUAAUAUUUUAAUUAUUUUAUAUUUCUGAAUAAUUUUGUUCAAUGUUAAAGUUAAGAUAAUGUUAAACACAAAUGGCCACUGUAGUGAAAAAAAAAUCCUUAAAUAAUAAAAUUAAUAUAUCAAAAUGUUCUGUAUUUCUUUUUUUUUUAUUUUAAAUGAACAUGUAUACUUAGGUACAGCCACUAGAGGGCACUAGAGCCUCAAAGUGGAAACAUAAAGCAAUAUGGCCAUACUACACAGUAAUAGUGAAAUAUAUUUAUCUUCAUAGUUUACUUUUUGGUAUUAGUAUACAAGAAAUCAACAUACAAUUUAACUAUUAUACACCAACAGCAAUAUCAAUCAAAUUCUGGAGUGCCACAACCAAUUAAACUUCACCAAAAAGAAAGAACAUUUUUCCAAGGAUUCAUUACUUUGUUUUCUAAGGUCUUUCUGGAGCAAUUUUACCAACUGCAGUUAGUUAGUUAGUAACUGAUUAAUUUAUUUGCAGCUUCAAAUUCCAUUGAAUAAGGUGGGACAACUUGCAUGAUUGUACUGUAACAGCACACUCAAAAAACCAGCGCAGUUAAUCAGCAUAGGUACUUAAUUUUUUCACUUUUUUCAAAGUGAACGUAUUCAAGGUUGACUUAGAUUUAAUGCACAGUACAGAAUUAGAACAAAGUUGGAUUUUUUUGUACCAUCCCUAUACAAUAUGUUCUAUGUUAAUCUUAAUAGUAUUCUGGUGUAGAUUCUUUGUACUGUAAAAAUCAAUAUAGAUUACAGGAAACAAAAUACCACUUACUUAAAAACUAAAAAUGUUUUUAGCAGCUCCUGUAUUUCCUUUACAUACCUGCCUAGAAUGUAUGUGUAAUACAGAAUAAAGACACAUCUUUUAACUCUU